CCUGCAGUCAGUCGCAGGAGCACGGAUGCCAGACGUAUUGUAGCUACUUCUUCUAGAGCGUCGUAACAAACGACACAAAAAACAUGGCCCCUGUUCGUUACAGGAUUGAUCUUCUCUCAAACGCCCAGCGACAUAACGGGUCGUCGCAGCUGGUCACAAUAGUCCGCUUGUCGCGCCGAGGCUACGAUGGUGAUGUACAGCAACAGGGGCUCUUUUUCGGCGGUGCGUGUGCCAGCCGGAGCGUGUCGAGUGACCGCAGACGAUACAUCUCAUCUGCGUCACCGGAUUUGGAUGGAGUCACGAGGGGGCAGAACAUGUUGCAAGAACCAGGAACGUCGCGAGUUGUAGCGGUUGAGUCCACUUCAUCUGCAACGCAGGCGGCAAACACUCCGACACAACUAACCCGUUUGUGUGUGGAAUUUCACGAAAUGUUUCUGGCGGCACAGAAAUCUGCGCGAAAGAUCAUGCCACGCGAACAGCUGUCAUCCUUCGCGGAUCAAUUUUUGACUUUUCGCGAGCUGUUGCGGCCUGGAGAAAUCGCCAUGAUUUUGAAUCACGUUGCACGGAGCAAGUGGCACGGCCGCGGGCAACAUGGCAGAACGAGCGAGCUGCACGGGCAGCAACAAGUCCUCGACAAGCUGUGGAAGGGUCUGACGGAGGUCGUCGACCUGAACCUCUGCGAGUCCGGCGACACACUGGCCACCAUCGCGAACGCAUUCGCAGUGGCCAAGGACCGCGACGUGGAUUUUCUCAAGCGCCUUGCGGAUGAAGUGGUUGUCCGCUUGGAUGAGCUUGACGAGAUCACGACAUUCCAAAUCUCUCAAUCGAAGGGGAUUGGGGUCGGGAAAAGUGACAUGGAAAUCGAAACUGGUUCAUCCCUCCCUGCGGAGCGCUUUGAAAGUGGAAAUCGAAAUCCCGAGUCACAGACGGCACGCAAACCCGAGAUAAACUGUGACGCGGUGUUAGCAAGCAUAACACCAGAAGAGCCAAGUUCGUUUUCGUCAGAUGACGGCGCAGCCACCUCUGCUCGGGACCUGCAGAUCUUGAUUUCUGCAAGAAGUGCUGCGAUGCUGGUGAACGCUUUCGGAAGACUGCAAGUUCGGCAUGACGCUUUCCUUGACAAGUUGUGCAGCUACGUUGUGCACUUCCUUUUACCGAUGGAGCAGCAUGGGGAACACGGCAAGAUACCGCGACGGAAAAUGAAUCAGCAUCUGUGCCAGCAGAUUAACUUCGUCGCGCCUCUCAGCGUCAAUGCGAUCGACGUUGCAAAUUUCCUGAACGGCUUUGGCAAGCUCGAUUACUACAACGCGGAGCUGUUUCACCAGCUUCCGUACGAGAGGUUGACAGAGAGGUUCGAACAAUCUCACGUUGCCAUGAUAGCCAAUGCCUUUGCCCGCGUGCAAUGCACGGACGCGCCGCACGUAAUAAGCCUCCUUUGCCGCCGGGCGAGACAGCUCUGCUCCGUGUCUCCUUUUGUGGAUGGUGUCGAGAAGUGGAGGAAGCAACGGAGCACGGGCCUAGUCCGCGUACAACCAGCAGGUGAGUUUUGUACAGCGGACGGCGUACUAAGCGAACCGGAGUCCUGGCCUACUGCGGCAGGACCAGAAAAAAACCGUUCGACGCCGCAUGCCGUUGCCCCUGCGAACAAAAAAUCGAGAACCAAGCCAGAGAGUGCGUCUGCGUUCCUGUUGCCGAACUACUUGCCCAGCAUCGUCCACGCCCUCGUGGUCCGCUUGAAGUUGGAAACCUUCGACAAUUUCGAGGACCUGAGGGAGGCAUGCUAUCUGAGCUUGGCGCAGACCGACCCUGCAAAGUUCGAAACGAUGGACUUUGUACUGCUGCUUUCGGCCCUGCCGAAACUUUUUCCACAGCACGACUACACGCUCCGUGUUGCAGCAAAGAAAAAGAAAAACAGUCCUGGAACCACAAUGAGCAGCACAGAAACGGCGCAGAUGAAACAUCUUCCAACGAUAGGAGAGGUAGCUACACCCGUCUUCGUGCAAGCAGCUCAGAUUGCUUGCGCGUUCCACGGUCAUGCCUUGCCAGCAAUCAUGUGGGCGGCAGGCCAUUUGCGGAUUUCGCAUCCGGACUUUUGGGCGCCUGCGCUCCACGUACUCACGGAAAGUUUGCGGUGCGCGCGCGGAAGCCUCGACAUGAGCAAGUCUGGGAGGGCCCUCUUUUUUGCGCCACCAAAUAGGAUGUUGUCCUCGCGCGCCCAGGAUGUGGAUAUCGGAUCAGGUGCGUCGGAUAUCGACGCCGCAGCGAAAGUAACAGCCAGAGUUGACGAACACGUGGAUGCUCUGGCUCAGACACUUUCCUGCCCAGAUCGAAACUGGUGUCUUAAAAGCUUGGCGCAGGCGGCUCUCGGUGUCGCGCGGUGGGCCGAGCAGCUGGAAAAACACUCAGCGUCGAGCAGCACGCGCGCAUUUUUCGAUGCUCUGUCAAGAAAAGUUGUGGACAACCCACAACUUUUGUCCGGAUGCGCGACCCGUGGGCAGCGAGAUGGCGGACAACCUAUGUCGAAGCAGGAAAUAGCUCAACUGGCGACUGCGUAUCGGAAAGUGGACAUUGCGGACCAAGCAGUAUUUGAUUUACUCGGCUUCGCCUUCGUGCAGCUAUCGCCCUUGAUUGCCGCUGGAGGUAGAGCUGAGAGAGCGAGCCCCACGACUUCACGGGCGAGCAAGGAAUCCGGUGGCGAACUAAAGAAGGACACACUCAAGAACAGUGAGGAUUUUCAAGAUAUCGCAAUUCUUGACGCUUUCGUUCAUUUGGGAUUGCAGCAUCCUCACAGAGUUUUCAGCGACCGCAUUGUUGAGCGAGAGCGCGAAAGCCUACAGGGUGGAGAAUUUGUGGCAUACGAAAUUACCGCGCAAGGGUCUGAAGUGGCAGAUUUUUUCGAUGAGGAAGCCGAGGCGCCAAAGCAUGAAAAGACUCAUGGCGCAGGUAUGGUAUAGGACGAUAGGGUGUGUAGCGAGCGGCCGGUUUCACCUAGCCGCGUAAGUAGCCGUGCGCAUUGGAAUCUUCUGUACUGGCACCAGAACAUGCCGCCCUUGAAUUGACACAUCUAAAGACAAUUUUGCUGUAAUCUCGCUCUGGCCCCUGCAGCGCAUGUGUGAUGAUAACUCACAACGAAAGAAAACAGUAGUGCGGCUUUUUCGCUGCGAGAAUCUAAUUUGCCUAAUGUUGAUCGGG